ACCCACAAUCUACUCGUAGACACGCGAGAAAACAACCUCCCUCGAUAGAUCUGCGCGGCUGGCUGCCUCAGGAAUGCUAUAUGCGCGAAUCGGGACUAGCGCAGGGGUCUAUCCGCGUGACGUCGUGACAAAAGACUAGUCUAUCUAACGCGAAUCUCGACCUUUUGACGCGGAGUGGCUGGUACAAAACUUGUUGAUUUUAGAUCUGGAUAGACGUUAUUACUCUCACUCUAUCCAUCUAUCUACCCGAAGGACCCUUUGACCAAGAAGAAGAAGAAGACGCAACGAAGCUCUUACAUCGCUUACAAACGCAACAAAGUCAUCAUCCGAGAAGAAAACAAAAAGUAUAAUGUCCGUCUCCGCGCUCCCUCAUCCAACACACAUCCCACUCCAGAACUCGUUCCAUUACGUACCUGCGCGUUCCUCGCCGCUGGCUCCGCGCGAUGCGAGUCGCACAUCUCGACUGAUGAUGCCGAUGUCCGAAUCAUCUUCUUCAUCCCCAGCUCCGAAAUCAGGGAUUUUUUCGAAUUUCAACUUCAACACUUCAUCCUCAACCACUACUACUACCAGUGGCAAGGAUGAUCAAAACCCCCAGACCCGAUUCGAAUUCGGAAGCUUCUCGAACAACACUCCCAAAUCAUCCGCAUACGCCCAGCGGUACGCGUCUCAAGUCUCCAAUCCAGCGAGCAAAGUCGCCUCUCGCGGCACCACGUCCGCAUCAGAAGCAGCGCGCGCUAAGCGUCGAGAUAUGUUCCUGAGCCGCGUGAAGCGAGAUCGGGAAGCUGGUCGACUCGAUGCGCGCGGCGAGCAGCUCAUGAUGAUGGAGUAUAUGGCGGAGCAGAAGCAGUGGGGAGAGAUUAUGAGUCGUCGUGCGGAUGGGAUUUUGAGAGAGUACGGUCACGGUCUCGAUGAAGAGGGGGAGGAAGUUGAGGAACGUGGUGAUGUGAUAGAUGAGGCGGAUAUGUACGCUUUGGAUGAGUACAUCUCGCAGGAACAUGAGAUGGAGGAGGCCCUUGAGGAAUUGGCUCCGCAGAAUGCGCCCUCGUCACCGCGCAGCGAGCGGGAUUCGUUUUACAGCGACGAUGACUAUGAUGAUAUCUUCAUGGAUCUGGCGGACCAUGUUCAAGGCGCUGGACACCUGCAACAUAGUCAGGACAUGGAUAUGAGUGGCUGAUCGUCCUAACGAGACUUCUCAACUUUUUUGUUUUCUUUCUUGCAUUGGGUGGCGUUGGAGUGACUUUCAUUGUGCGGCGUUAUGGGGUCGGUCUAAUCUUCUGGACUCGUGGUUCGAGACCUAUGUUCAUUCUUGAAUGUCUCUGUGUGGGCCUAAGAUCGGCCACAUGUGGUGUCUGCCAUGGUACAUAUUUUGUGCAGAUAAAAGGGGGUAUCAGAAGUAUGGGCUAUGUAUAUACAAAUCGUGCC